AUGGCGCCGACGCAUAAGGAAUCCGAGCUGGUGAGGAAGGUACACGACAACGUCCUGGCGGCGCUGUUGCAGAAGGAGCGUGAGGUGGAGGACGAGCUGGAAAGUAUCAGGCACGUGGAGAGCAAGAUAGCUCACAUGCGCGACGAAGACGCACUUGAGCGGUUCAGGGAAGCGAGGCUGCAGGCGCUCAAGGAGACGCACGCCAAGCGACUGGAGUUCAUGAACAAGGGAUACGGCAAACUGGUCGACGUGCACUCUGACUCGGAUUUCUUUGACGUAUGCAGGAACGCGCAUUACGUGGUGGCGCACUUCUACAGGCCUACGACCGUCAGGUCGCAGUACCUGGACGGUAAGAUGCACGAGCUGUGCCAGACGUACUUCGACACCAAGUUUAUCAGGGUCAACGCCGAGCGCACGCCCUUCCUCUGCGAGCGCUUCAACAUCUGGUGCAUUCCCACGGUGAGCGAAGCGUACGACAGCUUAGACUGCGUGCAGCUCAUGAUCAUCAUCGGCGGCAAGACCAACCACAGCAUCAUCGGCUUCGACGAGUUCGGAGGUGACGGCUUCACGCUUGACGAAUUCGCUAGCGCCCUUAAAAAGCGCGGAAUACUGCCGCCGGACGCAGAGAACGCACGGAACAAACACGCCGAAUAA